AUGGCAUCACCAAAUAAAACAUGGACUGUUGUGUGCUUUACAGCAGAUGACAGUGUGGAAGCAGUCCCUACCCGGUGGAUAAAUGGUGACGAAUGUUUGUGGCCUGCAGUAACUAGGGAAAAACUGCAUGCCCUUAUUAAAAGAUGUGAAUUUAAUUCCUGUUGGCCCUUACAUAAAGUGCGGUCCUUUAGGAAUGCAACAUAUGAUAAUUACGCACUUGCUCGAAAAAAGGCAGCCAAGGCUGAAACAACAAGUGACCUCAACACUGAGGACUGUGACGCCACUGUGACACCUUCAAAGAGGUUGAGAAAAAAAAAAGUUUUUUCUUCAUCAGAUUCUGAUAGAUCAGAUUCUGAUGAGUUACCUAUAAAAUUUAAAAAAAUUCCUGCCCCCCCAACUUGGGAAGAUAAAACCACACACAAGGACAUGAUGAUGAAUUCUGAAAAUGAAAAUAAUAAUUCAAAAGAUGAUAUAGAAUAUGUAGAAAAUCGUAAAAUUCAAAGCCGCAGCUCUGCUACACCUGUAGCAAAAAAGAGCGGUCCACUUCAACAAAUUGAGGAAAACUUGGCUAAUGAACUGAUUUCAGCAAAAAAGAGCGGUCAACUUCAACAAAUAAGAGAAAACUCAACUGGUAAUAAGCUAACAGAGUCAGAAAACCGGCCAGGAUGUUGCAACUCAAAAAUCCUGUAUAACAUACAGGCACUUUUAGUAGAAAUUAAUGAAAAAGUGACCAAUCAUAAGUGUACCACCCAUGAUGAUCAAGAAAUAAAAAAUAUCUUGGAAAAGUCCAAUUUGGAUUUUCCAAUUGAAACAAAAGAGACUUUUGUGCAAUUCAACAAAUUUUUUUCUGUAUCGGAAAACUAUUCAGCAUUGGUGCAACUGUUUACAAAAAUGGGUGGUUCAAAUCUUUACGAGUUCGUGAGACGUUGUAUUGCUCCAUUGGUGAGUGAUACCCUAGCAGAACAGUUCUCUUUCCUUGGGAAAAAAGGAAAAAGUGUUUUUGGCUCCAGCAGUUUGGCAAAAGCAAUAAUUGAUGCUGCCCAAAAAUCAGGUAUUUCCAACAAUCAAAAAGAAAUAGAACUGAGGAUCGGUGACUGGUUGAGGAGGGCAAAAGAGCGAAGGGUCAGAGCAGAGACUAAGAAAAAUUAA